GUCUGGCAGGUUCAGGGACCACGGACGUAGCAGCACUGUUCCAGGUCUGUUAGUUUAAAAGUCGACUAAAAUGUCGAAUAAACUUCGAACUGUGAUCUGUUUCUUCCGGAAUGAUCUCCGUAUUCAUGACAAUGAAUGUUUGAGUUGGGCUCAUCAGCACUUUGACUUCGUACUGCCGUUGUAUUGUUUGGAUCCAGAGCAUUUUAAGGGAACCUAUCACUUCGGAUUCCCCAAAACUGGUUUUCAUCGGAGCAAGUUUCUUUUGGAAUCUUUGACAGAUUUGCGACACUCUCUUCAGAAACAUGGUUCCAAUCUGAUCGUUCGCCAUGAAAAGCCCUCGGUAGCCAUUCAGGAGCUUAUCAAUCAGUGUUCCCAGUCCAUCGCACCCGUGUCUAGCGUAGUGUUCCAAAAAGAGGUGUGUUCCGAAGAGAUCCAAGUCGAAUCGUCCAUCGUCAAGAUCUGCCAAGCCGCCAAGAUUCAAGUCAAGACAUUCUGGGGCUCCACCCUGUUUCAUCGUGAUGAUCUGCCCUACGCCAAGAAGGACAUUCCGGACACCUACACCCAAUUCAGAAAGACCGUGGAAGCCCGAUGCAAAGUUCGAGGCCUCACGGCCGAGUGCCCCACGUGGAAACCUUUACCUCAGGUGGAAAAUGGUAAAUUGGGCGAUAUCCCGAGCCUUGCCGAUUUGAAGGUGGAACCCGUGGAGGUUGGUCGGAGUUACCCGGACCCUCGAUCGGCGUUUCCAUUUGCUGGAGGUGAGACUUCUGGUUUGGACCGCAUCCACCGAUAUUAUUGGGUCUCGGAUAAUGUGGCUAAAUACAAGGAGACCCGCAAUGGUCUUUUGGGCUCGGAAUAUUCCACCAAAUUCAGUGCGUGGUUGGCCAAUGGCUCGGUCUCACCCCGAUAUAUCUACCACAAGCUCAAGGAAUACGAGGCUGAACGCGUCUCCAAUCAGUCGACCUAUUGGGUCAUUUUCGAGCUCAUUUGGCGAGAUUACUUCCGGUUUGUGUCAUGGAAAUAUGCGGAUCUCAUCUUCUAUCCGGGUGGGAUCAUGGGUAAAGCCUAUCCUUGGCAGACCAACAAGACUCUGUUCCAAAUGUGGUGCCAAGGUCGAACCGGGGUCCCGUUUGUGGACGCGAAUAUGCGGGAGUUGCUUUACACGGGAUGGAUGUCGAACCGGGGUCGGCAAAAUGUGGCCAGUUUCUUGGUCAAGGAUCUCAAUUUGGACUGGCGAUUGGGAGCUGAAUGGUUCGAAUCUCUGUUGCUGGACCAUGAUGUUUGCAGCAACUACGGCAAUUGGAACUACUCUGCGGGCAUCGGCAAUGACCCGCGGGAAAACCGAAAAUUCAACAUGAUCAAGCAAGGUCUGGAUUACGAUCCCGAGGGCAAGUUCGUCCAGACCUGGGUCCCGGAGUUGCAACGAGUGCCUCAAGGGAAGAUCCACGUUCCGUGGACGCUUUCGGAGAAGGAAUCGGGUUCGAUUGGCCUCGAAUUGGGCGUGGACUACCCGACACCAGUCAUCACUGCACCGGAAUGGAGUCGCCAUUUCCACAAAACCAGUGCGAAACCUAAGGAUCCCCGAAAUGCGGCUGGUCGUGGUCGAGGGUCGAAACCCAAGAGUGGGCAGCAAAAAGGCAUCGAUUUCUAUUUUAAAUCCGGCCAUACCAAGAGCUGAUUGAUGGUUCAACAAUAUGAACAUUUCGAAAGGAAUACACUGAUUCAUAGAACGACUCAA